AUGUUAAGCGCGCGGAAGCAUUCCUCCUGUGCCGUCGAUGAGACGACAGUUAGUCGCUCCGAUCCUGAGACACAAAAGGGGAGCUUUUGUUUAAAUAAAGUCGGUCCCGCUACUGCCGUGAGAGCCGCCCGUGAGGCCGAUGGUUAUAGGACGGCGUCCAUUGAGCGGAACCGCAACGCUCGUUAUUCAAUAUUCCGUCAAGUACAAUCCGUUCCUUUGUUGCAUUCACGUACUCAGCCGGUGUUGCCAAACCCUUGGAUCGAAGUUGGGUUCUCAGACGAGCGACAUAGAAGCAAGCGACCGCAGCUUAGCAGUGACUCGGACCUUUCCCCUAUUCGCGCCUUUUGUGGUACAUCCGGCUCGGCGGUUCCGGGCAGCCCUAGAGGGGUCCCUGCUGCUGCCAGCGCGAGUAAUGCAAGAUCGUCUUUCGCGUCUGAAAGACGGAUGGUCAUGGAUUCAAGUGCUACGGCUACCCAAGGAAGUAGCAUGGCCAUGCCACAGAAGCCAAGCGAUCGAUCUCGUCUUCCUGGCAGACGCUGCGUCCGCAAUGCCGUAAACACAGCUCAGGUUUUUGCGCCACACGCAGACGAGAACACGGCCGCUUCUCCAUCCUCUCAGACGGAGAUUGCCGGAGUGAACAGUUCGACUUCCGUCGCUGGUUUCCCGUCGUCUGUUGUGCUCUCCAGGGACUCCCUUUCAUCAACAUUACCUUCAACUCGAGAAAAGUGCAUCAGUGUGGUCAACAUCCUGCAGUCCACAAAGUGUAGCUCAUGUGAUAUGAUGGCUUGUCCGCUCACCAAGGAGCCACCUCUCUCUAGUCGCGGCAACUCGGCCCCACAAACCUGUUUCCAGGCAGAACACGACUGCCGCCGCGGUUUUCAAACGCCAUGCGGCGCUUGCCCCUCAUCAAGGUGCAGUCGUGAGGUACGGCAAACAGCUGAAUUCACCAUAAUUGCCCUGACACGUCCGUCAACCGUGUCAUCCAGGCAGUUGGGUUCCUCCGCCCCUGCUUCUGGCAGUGCUGCCGUGCAGCAGAACGAGUCUUCGGGAGGAGACAGUAUUUCGUCCUCCUCCGCAGCGCCAGGACUUCUCGGCAAGCUUCCCUCAUCCACCCCGGAGACUGCUCAUCCUUUUGACCAGGUCCCUGAUGACGCUCACUGUACCACGUCGUUCAAUUGCGUGCACCCCCUUACGGAACGGCAGGUGGAAGAACAUGCACUGCGUACCAGCUCAUGGGGGCUGCAUACUGAGAAGACGGGAAGGUCUGCCUCGUCCACGGCCUCGCGUGAUGAUGGCUCCAGUAACCACGAGGGUACUGUAGCCACCGGCCAACAAAUCGAUCCUAACAUGUCGAAUAGCGGCACACCUGGUACCAAGCGAGAUCGGUUUAUUGAACCCAUGGCGAAUGAUCCAAACGCUCUCAGUAUGAAACGAGUGACUAAGCGCAUUUCGCUUUCUCACCCGUCGAUCCUUGGCAAGGCUCUCUGUUACCCCGUAAGUUCCACAGUCUCCGUGAGUGGUCUGCGCCAAGAACAAGAGCUACGGACACCUCUUCAUUUUUCGAGUGGCGAAUGCUGCUCGAAACACCGUAAAAGCUCUGACGUUAGCCUUUCUGGACAUCCCCUCCUCGGGAUCCCGACACGACAGGAACUGGAUAGACGUGGCAAUGGACCCGCCAUUCGUGACAGGAAGUGUUGGGUAGGUCAGUCAGAUGCUUGCGAAGAUGGAUCCACGCGAGCACCGCCAGCCGCUUGUGAGGUGUGCCUCACCGGAAGCUCUACGCGGCCGUGCCAAGACACCUCCAAGCGAACGCUGAUGCCGGAUCUGCGCCACAGCGAAGAGAGGGAGCACCGGCCUCUGCAUGAUGCAACCGCAGCUCACGUUACAGCGGUACAGGAUGCCGAGAAGGGAGCAGUGCAGUCAACACCGCAGAAUUUGGCAGAGGACCAUGGAAAAAAGGAAGCUGUGGGGUCAAGCUUGCAAGCAAUCAAUCGCGAGUCCGUUGCUGAAGAGGGGCCGACGGCACACACCGCUAAAACAGCAUGUACAGAGCUGCCGCUAACUGGAAAGGAAUUGGUCAAAAGGCACGGUGCCGUACUUACAGCAUUUGAACAAGCGGAAGCUCUUGAGGUUCGCGAGGUGUGGUAUUGGGGCAAGUCCCGGGAGAAACCAUCUGGGGAAACUGCAAGAGGAAAAGGAGGGAUUAAUCAUGGCUUCGAUGAUGCCCGGGGCGAUUAUCUUGCUAGUCUAAGAGAUCACGUUAACUAUCGAUUCGAGCUCAUCGCUGCUUUAGGAAAAGGCUCCUUCGGGCAUGUAUUCAAAGCGUUCGACCACAAAACCGGGGAAUAUGUGGCGCUGAAAGUCGUUCGAAACAAAAAGCACUUUCACGCUCAAGGAUGUGUCGAAGUGAGUACACUGCAGAAAGUUCUGGAGGGCGACAAAGAUGAGAGAGGAAACGUCAUCCAUAUGAAGGAGCAUUUCAUAUUCCGAAGUCACCUGGUAAUCACCUUCGAGCUACUAGAUAUCAACCUGUACGAGUUCCUCAAACGGAAUACGUUCCGAGGAUUAUCCUCACUCGCAAUAAGGAGUAUCGGGAUCCAGCUGCUCCAAGCGCUACGUCUUCUGAAACGACACCGAAUUGUUCAUUGCGACUUGAAACCAGAGAACAUAGUGCUGAAGAAUAAGUUAAAGUCAAGCAUUAAGGUGAUUGAUUUCGGCUCCAGUUGUCCUGAGGGGGAGAUGCCGUACUCGUACAUACAGUCUCGGUUCUACCGAUCACCAGAAGUGUUGCUGGGCCUGAGCUACGGGUGUCCAAUUGAUAUGUGGUCUCUGGGGUGCGUCUUGGCGGAACUCCAUAAUGGGCAUCCACUGUUUGCGGGAGAAAAUGAAAAAGAUCAGAUAAACUGCAUGAUGGAAAUUCUUGGGCCACCCCCAAUGUACAUCAUCGCUAAAUCGCCAAGACGUCGUCUGUUCUUCGACAGUGCUGGAGACCCCAAACCCCACGUUAAUUCCCAUGGGAAAGGAAGGCGCCCAUCCUCAGCAGAUCUGUCUACGGCUCUUCAGACAGACGAUGAGCCGUUUGUCGAUUUCAUCAGAGAGUGCCUUCAUUGGGAUCCGGUUCUCCGAAUCACUCCCGAGCAGGCGCUGCAGCACCGGUGGGUCAAGCAGUUCAAAACGAUGAGGAAGCAAAAACAACUUGAAAACAAGUUGUGUCAUCUUGGCUGA